AUGGCUACGGUUAGCGGUACACCAACUGACUCGGCAGGACUGCUUGCAAGUCUCUCCGAUUCCUCACAAUUGUUCCUGCAGCCAUCAUCCUUUCUCCAUUUGGAGACGCUCGCAUGUUUGAAAUCCCUCCUCGAUCCUUUAGCGGCCGAUGUUGCAGAUGCCCAAAAGCUGAGGCGAGAUGAAAAUCGAAGAAAGAGAAAGCGGGGAGAUAUCGCGGACGAAGAGGAAGUUCUGCAAUUGCGUCAAAUAUACACGCAUGGGCUUGGUGUAAAACAAGUAUGGGAACAGGCGAGACGAGUUCUUGAUGCUGCGUGUUCGGAAGUUGAGAAAGACAUCGUCGCUCACAAGGCCCUCGCCGAGGCAGGUAACUCAACCUCCAACCGCAUGAAUGGUCGCAGGACAGACGACGACGAUCUCUCACUUGGCUCAGAAGAGGACGAGAGUAUGCAGGAAGAAGAUGACAUUGAGGUUGAUAUGCUGGACAACGAAUUCUCUGGUGGAGAUGAUGAUCAUGAUGAGGAGGAAGAUAUUGAAGGAGACAUCGAGGCCGAAGACUCCGAAUCAGAAAUCGAACAGCAGGAUCCGGGAACCUAUAUUCCAGACCCCCACCAUCUGAAUGACGGUUUCUUUUCUAUCGAUGACUUCAAUAAGCAAACCCAAUUCCUUGAGCAGCAAGAUGCUAGAGGCGAGGAUGACAACCCCAGUGAUGAAGAUGAAAUCGAUUGGGAUGCGGAUCCAUUCACCAUGGCCUAUCACAAACCCAAAGGGAAAGUCGGCGAUCAGAAUACGGGCCGAGGAAAUGACCUGGACGCCGAGGAUGAUUCCGGUGAUGACGAAGAUGCUGGUCCAACCUUUGGAAAUGCGGACUUGAAUGCCCAUGACGGCGACGAAGAUAUGUUGAACGAGGAAGAAGACGGGAAUCUCGACGGUGGUGUCCCCGGACUGGACAACACCAACGAAAUUCGAUAUGCCGACUUCUUUGUCCCUCCUCCCAAACGGCUGUCAAAAUCAAAACGCAUGCGCGCACUGCCCAAAACACAGCCAACUCCUCAGCUGCGUCUUCAACGGGAGGAAGAUAUUGAAAAUGACAUGCAACGGGCGAUCGCUGAUGUUCGACGCGACCUUCUUGAAUCCGACGAAGAAGUUUCCGACUUCGAAUCGGGUUCUGAUAUGGACGACGCAAUACCGUCAAUGAAGAAUAUGUCUACCCACGAGAAACAAAGGGCCGCUAUUGCAGCGGAGAUCCGUCGUCUUGAAGCUGCCAAUGUAGCGAAACGAGACUGGACAUUGUCUGGCGAAGCCCGUGCGGUCGAUCGACCUCUGAACUCACUAAUCGAGGAGGAUCUGGAGUUCGAACGAGUCGGCAAACCAGUGCCUGUCAUUACGGCCGAAGUCUCAGAAGAGAUUGAGCGAUUGGUCAAGCGACGCAUCUUGGCACGAGAAUUUGACGAAGUCAUCCGGCGACUUCCUGAUGCUAUUGGAAGCGCCAGUAUGACCCGUCGCGGACGGAUUCAUCUUGACGAUACGAAACCACAAUCCGGUCUGGCGGACAUUUACGAACAGGAACACCUCCGCGCCACAGACCCAGGAUACGUGGACACGCGGUCCGCCGCAACGAAGAAACAGCAUGAGGAGAUUUCUCGGCUAUGGAAGGAGGUGUCAAGUCAAUUGGACCUGUUGAGUAACCUACAUUUCAAACCGAAGCGCUUGGAGGUAGAAAUCAAGGCGGUAGAAGAUACACCGGUCAUCAGCAUGGAAGAUGCGAGACCCGUGGGUACGGGUAUCAAUGGAGAAGCAAGCAUGCUUGCCCCUCAGGAGGUGUACCGGCCCGGCGAAGAGAAGUCGCGAGGGGAUGGCGAUCGAGACGUGAUUGUGCGCAAAAGCGGUUCGAGCGUGAAUAAAGACGAAAUGACAAGGGAGGAAAAACUCCGGCGACGAAGGCGGGAGAAAGAGCGGAUGAAAAAAUCCCAAGCGCAAGCGGGGAAGAACUCGUCAGUGUCAUCAUCAGGUGCCGGCGAUGCAAGGGCCAACAAGCAGGGCAAGAAAUCCAAGGACCAAGAGAAAGCAGACAUCCUCUCCGAACUGCGCAAAGGAAAUGUCAAGGUCGUGGGGAAGAAGGGCGAGCUGCGUGAUAUCGAUGGGAAGACAGGCAAAAAGCGCAACGGCGAAUCGAGCAUUCAUGCCAGUUCUGGAGCAGGAUCGUGGAAGCUGUAG